ACGAGGAGAUGUUCUCAUGGAGCGCCUAGGUUUAACUUCACCAUGCACUGUGGGACUUUAAUAAGAUGCGUGUGUGUGUUCAGAUAGCUUUUUUAUUUUUUUACUGCAACUUCUUUCUCGUUUCCACUCAGGAUUCCUCCUGCUGCCAUCAUGCCCUGGAGUAUUCUCAGUGUAGGGAAGCAUGCGAUCAGCUCGCAGCUAUUAGAAGUGAAUCCCGUUUGAAGCACCUUCUUCAGCGUUUACCAAGUUACUGUCCAGAGUCUAUGAAUGAGCUUUGGAUCUGCAUCAAUUCUACAUUACCCGGGGCAUCAAAGAAAUCAGAUGGAUGGGUUGGUCUGGGGUGCUGUGAACUGGCCAUCUCAGCAGAGUGCAGAAGGGAAUGCAAACAGGCAUCUUCUAAAAAUGAUAUCACAAAAGUAUGCAAAAAAGACACAGAGAAGCCACUUUACAGCUGUAUCACCAAAAAUGAAAUGGGCUCCGUCUGCUGCAGCUAUGCAGGGAAACACACUAACUGCCAUGAAUACUGCCAGGCCAUCUUCCGAACAGACUCCUCACCCACUGUUUCCCAGAUCAACACUGUCAAGGAGUACUGCCAGAGCCUUAGUCCCCAGCUCAUCAACUGUGUGGCCAAUUACACCAAAUCGUACCCAACCAGGAGUCCCAUCGACAGUCUAUACUGUUGUGACCGUGCAGAGGAGGCGCACUGCCAGACGGCGUGUAAACGAAUCCUGCGUACCAUGAACACCGAGCAUGAGAUCAUGGAGGGCCUGAUUAAAGAGUGUGGUAGUGAACCCCUUCCCCAGGACCCACUGUGGCAGUGCUUUCUGGGUAAUGCUCACCCUCCGACAAAAAGUGAUCCUGAGACCUCCCCUACAGCCAAGAUGGACUGUGCCAAGCUCCACUGCUGCUCCAAAGCGAAUACCUCACGUUGCAGGAACAUGUGCCAGGAAAUCAGCACCAACUGGGGCACUCAGGUAUGGCAGGAAUUUAACCAGCUCUGUGAAUACAAUCCUGAUGAGACAGACCUUAUCACCUGCCUGGCAGAUGUAAGGGAACCAUGCCAGCUAGGCUGCAAGGAUCUUACCUACUGCACCAACUUUAACAACAGGCCCACUGAGCUUUUCAGGAGCUGCAACAUCCAGUCAGAUCAGGGUGCCAUGAAUGACAUCAAACUGUGGUCUAAUGGAACCAUCAACAUGCCUCUGAUGAAUAUACCAGUUCUGGACAUCAGAAAGUGCAGGCCCGAGAUAUGGAAGGCUGUGGCAUGUGCUCUGCAAAUCAAACCCUGCUAUAGCAAAUCAAGAGGCAACGUCAUCUGCAAGUCAGACUGUGUGGACAUCCUGACACAUUGUGGGGAUUUCUCACGCUUUCCAGAAGGCCACACUCCAGAGGGCAUCUGUGAUCUUUUGUCCCCUACUGACGAUUUAGAGGGAUGCAUCCCUCUAGAGCGAUACCUCACUCCUAGCCCAUUUGAGAACAUUAUUGAGGAGGUGAUCCAUCCCUGUAAUCCCAACCCCUGUCCCAGCAACCAUCUGUGCGAAGUAAACAGGAAAGGCUGUCACCCAGGACAAGACUGCCUGCCUUACUUCUGUGUGCCUGGCUGCAAAUUGGGUGAAGCAUCAGACUUUCUGGUCCAUAUGGAUGCACGAAUACAGGUGCCGGUGCGCAGUGACCAGCCAGGCUGUUAUGAGGUGUGUACCUGUGGCCAGAGUGGCCGUCUGGAAAACUGUGUUGAGAUGCCCUGCAUCGAUACCACAAAGACCUGCAACGUCGGCGGACUGAGAAAAAGUCAUGGUGCAUCGUUUAAGAUGAACUGUCACACCUGUUUCUGCUACGCUGGAGAAACUAUCUGCUCCUCUGGCCAGUGCCCCAGUCUGAACAAGUAUAUAGGUUUUCCAUGUGGCUGUGCUGAUCACUUUGUUCCAGUAUGUGUCCGAAAUGGACGCACAUACCCCAGUGCAUGUGUGGCACGCUGCAUGGGCUUUCAAGACAAUCAGUUUGAGUUCGGUGCCUGCAGAAGCACAGAGCCGUGCUCACCAAACCCCUGCCAGAAGAACCAGAGGUGUAUCCCAAAGCGCCGUGUGUGUCUGACGGAUAUAUCAGACUACCCUUGUUUGCAGUACGAGUGUGUGAGCCGUCCUUCUGGCUGUGAUCCAAACCAGCUGGAUCCGGCCUGUGACAUGGACAACAUGGAGCACGCUAACCUGUGUCUGCUUUAUCAACGGGGCAAGACAUUGGCAUAUAUGGGCCACUGCCAGGAUGCAUGCAGGGUAACUCGAGAAGUAUGUGGACACAAUGGGGAGACUUAUAAAACAGUGUGUGAGGCGUUCUCUGACCGCAUGGCUGUGGAUUAUCACGGUCGAUGCCACGCUAUGGGCUCUGUGUCAGAGUUUAUUGCUGAUACAGGCUGUAAUGCAGUGCCCUGUCCUCCUCUCUCUACUGAAGGCUGUAGCCCCAUCACUCCACCUGGUGCAUGCUGCCCUGUGUGUGCUGCCAUGUUGCAGAUCCUCUGGAAUAAAUCGCAGAUUAAUGUGUUUGCCAAGCUGAAUCGGAAUCAGCCAGUUACAGUGCAUGAUAUUCUGCGGGUACUGCGUCUGCACAUCUCUGUUCCUCAGUGUGACAUAUUUGGUUACCUAAGCAUCAAUUCUGAGAUUGUGAUCCUCGUCAUACCCGUGGACCAGCAGCCCACGCCACUGCAGAUCGAAGCCUGCAACAAAGAAGCAGAAAAGAUCGACUCUCUCAUUAACUCAGGGAGUCCAACGCUGGUGUCCCACGUCCCCCUGUCUGCCUUCCUCACCUCUGAGCUCAAACUGUCCACUGUUAGCUCUGCUGCUCCCCCCACUGCCUCUCCCCUCUCACUGACUCUGUGUCUAUCUCUGUGUCUCCUUCUUACAUUCCUUCUGUCCUCCACAGAGGCCCCAUAAGAUGCCUUAACACAAGUGCCCCAAUGCUGCCCUGAAUGCUUGUUGCUGAGCACCUCAAUACUGACCUUAGAACUUCUCGUCGUGUUUCUGGAAGCCCCAGUCUGCAUAGCAAUGACAAUCACACAAAUGGCAAGCUGAUGAUAAUCAUUUUGAAUUUAAUGGGACAAUCAAGUUAUGGACUUUAUUGUUAAUGGACUGAUGAAUUGUGAUAUUAUUAUCAAGGGUCAGGUUGUUUAUUUCCUUCAGUUCAGCAGUCAUGGACAGGAUAAAAAAGGAUUCAAAUAAACCUAUGGAAGUGGUGGAGUGAUCUUUCCAGAUAGGUUCUUACCCUAGCGCUAUUCUCUAGUGCCUUUUACUGCCGUGUUGCCGUGCCAGGUAAAGUGCACAUCACUUUAUACAUUUUCAGUCACCAAGGCUUGGCACAUACCGUUUUGCUUCUCUGGCUUAGAAGCAAUUAUAUUAUCAACUCCUAUAAACCUGCAAUACUAUACAAUACGCAAAGCACAUAACCAUCAAUACAAUUCAUUAAUAGAUGAAUGGUAAAAGCUAGCAAAUAAUCAUAGGGCUUUAUGAAAUACAUACUCAAAUAAAACUGCAAAUUACAGAUAUUAACAUGGAUGUGUGCUGAAUUUAAUAACAAACCUUCGUCAUUUUACAUGUGACCUUGUAGCUAGAUUUCCACCAGUAUCCCAUCUUGCUUCAAUACUUAUAAAGCAUCAAGCACUGGAGAGGAGCAGAUUUCUACUUUAUGAAAGCUUUUUUAUGUCUAUAAAGCUGUGUUAAUAAUAUUGAUAUGUGGAUCAGCAAGUGGCAUGAAUAUAAUUUUGUCAAAUGGAUUUAAAGCCAUGGAACGUAACUAUUUUAACUAGCUCACACUGUAGCUCAAGCACAGUACUAAUUCAUACACAACCAGUGGUACACACACAUUCAUUGAUGCAUUUUGUUUUUAUUCUAAAACAUAAAAAAAAAAACAGCUUGGUUUGCUUGAAUCGACAAAACCAGAACAUAAAGAUUAAAAAAUAAAAAUAAAAAAUCAGCUGCUCUAGAUCAGUGAGUCAGUUAUUCAGUACAGAGACGUAAACAUCACAUAGACUAAAACUACACACACAUGGAGAGAUUCUGCCUAAAACCCAAUUGUUUUAUAUUUUUAUAUUUUUUUUUUAUUCCAAGACUAGCAUUAAUUACACAUAUUAAAACAGCAUUAAGUACAAUUUAAAAC